AUGUCUUCUCUCAAGAUCGCUAUCAUUGGAGCCGGGCCUGCUGGUCUUGCUUUGGCCCGCCUUUUACAAAUCAACAACAUCACAUGUACGAUUUACGACCUCGAAACGGAUCGCAACGCCCGUACUCAAGGUGGUUGUCUUGAUAUGCACGAGGGUGCGGCGCAGCAAUGCAUUCGAGAAUGCGGUCUAUACGAGCAAUUCCUAGCCGUUGCGCGAACUGAAGGCGAGGUCCUAAAGAUCUACGAGCCUAAUGGCACACUUAUCAUGGAUGAAGGCUCCGACCUGGGCGAGCGCCGUCCUGACUCGUUCAAGGGCCGCCCAGAGGUCGACCGCAAGCAACUCCGUAGCAUGCUCAUUGACUCGCUCUACCCUGGAUCCCUCCAGUGGGGCCAUAAGCUCAAGGCUGUCAAGACCGAUCCUACUGGCCGCACCGCCAAGUACGACUUGCAAUUCGAGAACAAGCUUGAGACUGGAUUUGACCUCGUUGUUGGCGCUGACGGCGCGUGGUCCAAGGUUCGACACCUCAUCUCUGAUGUUAGGCCCCAAUUCGCUGGUAUUACUGGAGUGGACGCAAAGCUCAGCAACAUCGACACUGUCGACCCUGCUCUUUCCAAACGUGUUGGAAAUGGUAUGUGCUUGACUCUCGGCUGCAACACCACUGUGCUUUCCCAGCGCAACGGCGACGGAUCUGUCAAGUCAUAUGGCUUCUUUCGCGGCACUGAGGACUGGCACAAGACCUGCGGCAUUGACUGGUCGAAUGUCGCCGAGGCCAAGAAGGAGUUUGUGUGCAAGUAUUAUGAUGGAUUCAACGACGACGCAAAGAAUCUGAUGCUGUUGGCUGAUGAUGAUGAUUUCGUUCCGAGACCCAUGUGGAUGCUCCCAGUUGGACAUAGAUGGGCACACCGCCAGGGAUUGACUUUGAUCGGAGACGCAGCUCACUUGAUGACUCCUUUCGCCGGCGUUGGCGUCAACGUUGCCAUGGAAGAUGCUCUUAGCCUUGCGACUCAGAUCAAGCAAUGGAAACAGAAUAUCUGUGACAAAUCUGAUCUUAGCGCCUUGUCAUCCUCGCUCAUUGAGCCUGUCCGCGCAUACGAGGAGGAGAUGUUCGCGCGCGCUGAGGCUUACGCCAAGGAGACGAUGAUGUACUAUGAUCUGUUCUUCCACGAGCGCGGUGGUAUUGCCAUGUGCGAGCAGUUUGCAAAGGCAAAAGCGGAGGAGAAGGCGAAGGCUGCUGUGUCUGUAGAGGUUACAGAGCUAUCGCCAGCUGCUGUCGAGGCAUGA